AUGCUCAAACGUACACUACCUAGGAAUUGCACACCGCUUACAGUACUGCGAAGUUCCCUGUUGGUACCCUUGAGGAAACUGCCCAAGUACACACAAAUUCGAAGGGUGUACGAUCUUAUACAUCGGCCCACUGUAUUCUCUAGUCCACCUUGUCGUCGUCUCUAUCCAACAGGACACCAUAUUCGGCAGUUCUCCUUCCGCCCUAGUAAGAUCGUACUCAGAUGCAUGAACAAAGUAGAGUCGCUGUGGCUCCGUGUCAAAUGGAUCUUAAUUCGGUCCAAAAGACCCUUGAAUAUGGAAGAUAUCAGUGCAUUUAUAUCUUGGUUGUUGACUGGUAAUGUGUUGUUGUUCCUAAUUGGAACAACGACGUUUUUCAGUCUCGUUGUGAUAACCACAAACAGCUUGGCAGAUAGAGAUGUCAUUGCCGAAUGGUUAGGGAAGAUCAUAACAAACAAUUCACCGUUGAAUGUUACAUUUGAGAAUGCCAUUGUGCCCAAUUGGAAUAGUGGUAUAAUUCAAUUGAAGAACGCAAACAUUAGUCGAAGACCCAAAGUUAUCAAAGUCAUUGAAAAAAUUGAAAAAAGUCUGGAUGGGAAAAUUAUUGGUAGAUCAAUUGAGGAGAUUUACGAUGAUGGUAAUUAUACGCAGUUUGACAUAACUGUUGAUGAAAUCAAUGUGAGUUUGAGUUUCUGGAGAUGGAUUAGUGGCAAGGGGUUUGUUGACACCAUUUCAAUUAAGGGGAUACGUGGAGUUGUUGAUAGAACCCAUGUUGUUUGGAAAGAAGACGACGAUCCAAGAAACUAUAAAAAUGUUUAUAAACCAGGGGACUGGGAAUUUGAUAAAUAUCUAUGUGAGGAUGUGCUGGUGACCAUCUAUCAUCCAAAUGGGUUUAGACCAUGUCAGUUGUCCAUAUAUAACGCAGAUCUGGAUAUCUUUAGGAAAAACUGGCUAAUUUUGGAUACCCUAACUUGUAACCACAUGAGUGGUUGUUACGAUGGUUCGUUAUUUACAAUCAAUAAAAUAUCAACGUUUGAUAGUUUUAAGGAGGAGAACAACUUGGAGGAGCUAGUCAACAAACGGCUAGGAAGGGAACAAUUUGCUAAAUUCCCCAUUGAUUCCAAAAAUAUCAAGAAAAUAGUCAGAAUGAGAAUGGACAAUUUAAAAAUAGAACAUUUGAAUGGUGGUAUGUCAGGACCUGUUGGAUGGAUCAAUAAAGGUACGGUGGAUAUAUUGGCGGACUUUAUGGUUUUAGAGGAGAAUAUUACGCUAGAUAUGUUGAUCGACCAAGGAUUGAGCAAUUUCAGUAACCAGUUCUUCUUCAACAAAAAGAAAAGGGAGAAACAGCUGGAGAAGGAAAGCAACAAAAAUGAGAGAAAGGACAACAACCUAUUCAUUUGUGAUUUCUACUUGAGACUCAAAAAUCCAAAGGCACAGGUGCCCCUAUUUACAAAUGAUCUAUCGUACAUUAGUAGUGCGGCAAUACGACCCAUUGUUGGUUAUAUCAACAACAACAAGACAUUUAUCCCCAUCAGAGGCAGGGUUUACAAGGAUCUUGCCGAUUUUGAUGGGGCAUGGACCUUCUAUGAUUCCACAUUGAUGGAUGACCUAUCAGAGGCAGUUUACAGAGGAUUUGCCGAAUAUGUUGCUGAUGAAGACAUGAGAAACGAGAGACUCCGUAAGGUUGGCUUCUGGUCGCUACAGUUUGUACUCCAAUUCAUACUCUGGAGUGUGACCACAAUCAACGGUUAG